AUGACAGAGACGGUGGAAGGCAGAACAUUGACAGUUUCUGUAGCUCGUGAGCACAUCGAUGCGUGUGUAGUGUACGUGUCUCUGCUUUGUGUUGAGCUGCAGGGUGUGCUGCUGAUAGGUGGCGCCGCAGUGGGUGUCGGCGUGUGGAUCUUGCUGGAUGACGCCUCCUUCUUCCAGCUGGCCUCAAACGUCCUUGACCUGCAGGUGUUGGGUGACGAUAUCCUCCAUCAGGCAGCCGUUGUCAUGGUGACGGUGGGCGCCGCCAUGAUUGUUAUUGCGGGGAUUGGGGCUAUAGGGGCUCUGUCCUUGUCGUCGUGUCUUCUCGCCUUUUACGUGACGGUGCUGGUGGUCCUGCUCACACUGCAGUCUGCCGUGGUCGUCAUGGCGCUAGUGUUCAAGUCCGAGUGGGAGCAAAAAGCUCAAGACACCGUGCAGCAAAAGUUCCUGACUACGUAUGGCGAUAGUGCAGACGACAGCCAGACUACUUUCACUGAAUUGUUUGAUAUACUACAAGAAAAGGUUGGCUGCUGCGGCUGGGAGAGCCCUCUGGACUACGACAACCUUGACCGAGACCACUGGGACACGGUGAUGACCAAUGGUCAGACCAGACGGGUCCCGGACAGCUGCUGUGCCACGCACAGGGGUCACAACGAGACGAUGAUCCUGGAGUGUGUGGUGCAGCCUUAUAACGACACCGGCUUUUACAGUAUGGGCUGUCUGGAAACACUGCGCACAGACUUCACCCUCUACCAGUGGAUGGUCCUUGGGGUCACUGUCGGGGUGCUGGCCUUCCAGUUCCUGACCAUCGUCCUGUCCCUGAUCCUUGUGGUCCAGAACGUGAGCAACAAGUAUGAGAUGAGCUGA